UGCGGAAGGUGCAGCCGGCUGCGGCCGGCUCCGGUUCCAGGCUCCUCCUCCUGCCGGUCCAGCUUUUACCUCCCCACCCUCCACCCCUCGGCUCGGCUCUGCAAUCCAAGGCUUCCCCUAGCAGCCUAGGAGCGGUGGCAGGCGCAGCGAAGGCGGCGGGAGGAGCGCAGCCGACCGGCCGCGCCGAGCCCUCGGGCAGCAGCUAGAGUAGCCUCCGAGGCGCCGCGCAGCCGGCGCGCCCUAGCGCGGCUCGGAGAGGAGAGAAGCCGGGGGCUGCAGCUGGGCCAGGGGAAGGAAAGUGUGCGCGCGGGUGUGUGAGUGCGUGUGUGCGUGUGUGGGGCGACAGUCUCGAAUUAGGGCAGAGGAGAGGGCAGGGGAACCGGGGUGCGGCUCCCUCGGCGCCCCCGCUGGGCCCCGAGGUUCUCCCGCCGCAGCGCCCGAUCCCCGGCGCCCCUCACCAUGGACUUGCGCCGAGUUGGGACGCGCCUCGGCAGCAGUGCGCGGGUGGCUGCCCGGCCCUGGGGUUGCGCGGGCGCGCGCGCAGGGAUGGCGAGGUAGGAUGGCCGCCCAGCGCGACCCCUGCCGCCCCGACCCAGCGGCCCCCGGGCGGUGCAGCUGACUCGCCGGAGCGCACAGGGGUGUGGGCGGAGGCGGCCCCGCCGCGCCCGCGCCUUCGGGAGGCGCUUUGCCUCUUCCACCCACUCGCACCUGCCACCGCGCGGAUACCAUGUCGAAGGCGGCUGGAGGCGCAGCGGCGGCGGCGGAAAGUUGUCCCUCAGCCUCUGCCAGCCCGUCCGCGGCCGCCGCCGUGGAGGACCUGUCCAAAGUGUCGGACGAGGAGCUGCUGCAGUGGAGCAAGGAGGAGCUGAUCCGCAGUCUGCGGCGCGCCGAGGCCGAGAAGGUGAGCGCGAUGCUGGACCACAGCAACCUCAUCCGCGAGGUGAACCGCCGCCUGCAGCUGCACCUGGGCGAGAUCCGCGGGCUCAAGGACAUCAACCAGAAACUCCAGGAGGACAACCAGGAACUGAGGGACCUCUGCUGUUUCCUGGAUGAUGACCGGCAGAAAGGAAAGAGGGUGUCCCGGGAGUGGCAGAGACUGGGCCGCUACACGGCUGGGGUGAUGCACAAGGAAGUGGCCUUAUACCUGCAGAAGCUGAAGGAGCUGGAGGUGAAGCAGGAGGAGGUGGUGAAGGAGAACAUGGAGCUCAAGGAGCUCUGCGUGCUGCUGGAUGAGGAGAAGGGCGCCGGCUGCGCGGGCAGCCGCUGCUCCAUUGACAGCCAGGCCAGCCUGUGUCAGCUCACCGCCAACACGGCACCCUAUGUACGGGAUGUGGGCGACGGCAGCAGCACCUCCAGCACGGGCAGCACCGACAGCCCUGACCACCACAAGCACCUGGCGAGCAGUGGCAGCCCCGAGCACCUCCAGAAGCCCCGGGGCGAGGGCAGCCCGGAGCACUCCAAGCACAGGAGCACCAGCCCUGAGCAUCUACAGAAACCCAGGGCCUCUGGAACCCCGGAUCACCCAAAAGCACUCAAAGGACCCAGCCCUGAGCACCACAAACCCCUGGGCAAGGGCAGCCCUGAACAGCAAAGGCACCCGCACCCAGGGAGCAGCCCUGAAACGCUGCCCAAGCACGUGCUGAGUGGGAGCCCGGAACACUUCCAGAAGCACAGGCCCGGGGGCAGCCCUGAACACACCAGGCACAGUGGAGGGAGCCCCGAGCAUCUUCAGAAACACGCCCUCAGUGGGAGCCUGGAGCAUCUACCCAGACCCAGGGGCACCAGCCCUGAGCACCUCAAACAGCAUUAUGGGGGGAGCCCUGAUCACAAACACGUGGGCGGAGGAGGCGGAGGCAGCGGCGGCGGCAGCCGGGAGGGUACCCUGCGAAGGCAGGCGCAAGAGGAACUGUCACCCCAUCACCGGAAUGUCUACAGUGGCAUGAAUGGUGGGUUGUAUGGAGGAAACUUGGAGAUGCUGCAGGUUCCUGUCCUGGAAUUAGGCAACAUUUGUCUGGAAACCAGUACAAAGGACCAAUGUGAGAAUCACUCUCUUUCAAACAUGAGAUCAGCACUGCCAGAGAGAGAAAAAAUAGUGGAUUUCCACAAACCUGGACUCAUGGAAUAACAUGGAGUGAUUGUACAUUGCACAUAUUUUCCCUCUAAAACCUUUAGUAUAACUAAAGCCGUAUUUUAUGUCUCUUACUUCGAUGUGCACAACAGUCAAUCUCAAGGUAGCUUUGAAAAUCACCAUUUUGGUACUAAUAUUUUCAGUAGAACUAAAACGUUUUGACUCCUCAGAUCUAAGGUUGUAAUCGGGAAACCUGCAUGAUUGGACAAGUCUAGUAGAGCCUCAGUGGUUUUGAUAGAGUUGACUCAUUGCAUAUAAUGUUGGGAGUUUUCUACCAUGUUGUGUUAAAGAUAAGAAGAGGUGUUUUCCAGCUGCCCAAGUUUGAGAGUUGGGCACCUAUUUCUUAUAUUUUAGUCAAUAAAAUACUAGUUCUGGAUACAUAAUUAAUUUGGAUGCAAGAGAAGAUUAGGUUUCUGGGAUUUUGUUUUGUUUUGACUUUUCAGGUGCUAAAAAUACCACAUAAAUUCUCCUUACCAGCUAGAGGGUAGCAAGACUUUGUAGAAUGCUUAUCAGAGAGUACCAUUUAUUUCGAUUGAUGAAAAUAUAUCUUUUCUUUUAAUCUUGAUGAAUUGUUCACGAAAACACAUCUUGGGGACAUAUCAACCUCCAUAUUCAUUCAGCGUUAUCAUUGAUGUUAAUAUUAACAAUUUCACUUAAAGAACAAGCAAACAUAAUUUUUCUAAGUGUUUCCAGCUGUGAGAUGUCAAUUUCUACAAUUUAGUUUCUAGACAUGCUGUUAUAUUUAAUAAACUUUAUGUAAACUUUAAAAUAUUGCACUGCAUUUAUGAAAAAAGCUUUCUUUGCCUACAACAGCUAUCUAAUGUUUUAUGAAACUGACGCAUGUCCUUCAUUAUUGAGGCUAAAGCUCUUGUUCAGAUUGCUUGAGGUUUGAAAAAGAGGUGUGCUAGCUUUGCUUAGUUUCUUCCUUAUUUUUGGUAUCUAUAAUAAAAUAUUAGACUGUGUGUAUUGGAAAUGCUAUGAUAGGUAUUUUGUGUUUAUCCAAAUGCAAUGAUAGUUUCCUGUAUGAAUGUGCAAGAGGCCCGUGACAGAAUGCUAAGUUUUUACUGUAGUUUAAGAUUAUAAAAGUAGGAAUGCAACAAUUCCCAGUUUUCAGAUUUCUUCUAAAUUACUCAGAUUUGAUUCAUAGCAGAUAUUCUCUGUUGUUGUUAUUGUCGUUUUUAAAUGGGCUCAUUACACAGUGUAUUAAUUGUCACUGGUGAAGGAAUGUGAAGGAAUUUUGUUAUACUUUUUAAAAUGUUACUGUGAUGAAAAACCAGCCCUCUGUUUUCAGAAAAUAUUUAUGAAUUAAUUUAGUAUAGAAUUAUCUCUCUAAUUAUUGUAAUUGGGUUACCAUUUAAGUCUAUCUUUCUUUUAAAAUGUUAUAUAUUUUUAAAAUAUUAUUACUCUGUAAAAGAAAAUUGCUUGCUAUAUUUACACUUUCUCUCAUAGAAAAGCUUUUAUCCUUAAAUUAUUGUAUUCCUACACUAUAAAGACAUUUAAAACAAGUUUUUGUGCCUGCAGUGCAGCCUGCAGAAGCUAAUACAAGGAACACUGGUCUUUUGACAAAAUACUUGUGUAAAUUUUGAUACUGUAUUAAAACUAUUUUUUUAAAGUUCUGCAUAAAAUUGAGUAUCAAGUAUAUGUGUUCAUCUUAGCAAUGGUAAUAAAUUAUUUAAUCUCA